UCAGCCUCCCAUGUAGAUAACUCAGACGUGCUUCAUACAUACAGGAGGGUGUUAGGUUUGGAAUAAAAUGGCUUCUUUAGCGUUGGAUAAUCCUGCUUUGUAUCAAAAUGCCCAGUUAUUAAACUGGGUUUAUAUGGGCGAUCAGACUCAACAAAAUGGGGCGUCUCUUUACACAACAAGUGACCCUUGGACCAACCAGCCCGUCAACUCAAACGUGAGUACGGUCUCGUCUAUGUUCAAGUACCAACGACAGCCGGAUCCUUGGUCAACCAGCACUGUGAACACCAUCAACGCUGUUGCUCCGAACCCAUUCCAAGUGUCACCAUAUGGCAGUGUGAAUGACCUUGCGGACCAGUUUAGUGACCUUUGCCUAACAUUACCUAAGCCAAGCAAGCGCCCUCCAUCAACUUAUCUAUGCCAUCUUUGUUUUACAAAGGGACAUUUUAUAAAGGACUGUCCACAGGCACGUCCUAAAGGUGAGGGUCUGACCCCUUACCAAGGGAAGAAAAGGUGUUUCGGAGAAUACAAGUGUCCCAAAUGUAAAAGAAAGUGGAUGUCUGGGAACUCCUGGGCAAACAUGGGGCAAGAGUGUAUAAAGUGUCACAUCAAUGUCUUCCCUCAUAAACAGCGCCCUCUCGAGAAGCCAGAUGGUUUGGAUGUAUCUGAUCAGAGUAAAGUUCAUCCCCAGCAUCUCUGUGGCAAGUGCAAGAUGCUUGGCUAUUACUGCCGUCGAAUGGAUUAGAGUUAACGUUUCGUAGGAUGGACAACUUUCGCACAACUGAUACACCCACAACUGUCUGAAGCGUCUAAAUGAGCAACUGUCUGAAGCAACAACUAGAUAUAUUGUCUACACCAACUGUUUGAAGUGUUAAUUCAUUGGAAAAAAGCUUGCAAGAAGGGCUUUUAAUGGCAGAAAAAUAUAAUUUUGAAAAUUUUCGAUCAUAGACUAAUGUACGAUAGUUGUAGAACUACGAACAUUUGUGCCUUGACUGAAAUGGUGCUUAAAAACAACACAUGUGUGAUAGCCAUUACCGGUAGUGCUUUUUGUUCCACUUCCAUAUUUUACCCAUAGAAGUUAAUUUAGAUUAGAGAUUAACUAAAAUAUUUGUAGAAUGAAGAAAUGUCUUUUUUUAAAAACCCAAAUGUUUAUUCAGUAAUAGUUGGUAUUACUAGUUGGCAUUACUUCUGUUGUAAAGUGUUGAGCAUAGUUUUAUAUCUUUCAUGUCUUAGGAAUUUGCAAAGAAUGAAAACUUGAGCAUUUAGAACAAACUGUAUGAAGAUAAAAUAUGUUUUCUUUGAUGACACUAUCUGACAUGAUCAGUAUGUAUUUCUAGAUUUUUUUACCAGGAAAUCUCCACAUGGAAUUCCAUUUUAUUAAUUGUUGGCAUCCUCUAGCUCUUGGCUAUUUACUUUACACAAUUAAUAAACAUGAGAUGCUUACCGUAGAUAAAUUCUAUGUCAGGGGGGAAACUCUACACUAUGUAAUGUUUCUUUAUAUCUCUUUAAGAUCUUAUUUAUCAUGGAUAUAAAAAUGAAAUCAAAAUCUUUAUCUUUGGUGCAUGUGUUGCUAAUCAAAUGUCUUACAUAAAUGGUAGAUUGUAAAUAGAUUUUAAUAAUAUAGGUAUGGCUUAUCCAACUAAAGUUUUUUUUUAACCCUUACUCUGCUAAAUUUCUAUAAUGACCUUGUCCAUGUUUUAAUUUGGACAGGAUAUUAACUGUUAAAAAAGGGUGCAUACCAAAAAGAUAGUGACUGAAUGGCAAACAGUGCAGAUCAUGAUCAGACUGCAUGGAUGUGAAGGCUAAUCAUGAUCUACACUGGUGGCAAAAGCAGAGUCAGUCGAGUCCAGCAUGAUAAGGGUUAAGAUAGCACCAUAUAAUGUUUUAAAUAAGUAAUUAUUACAAAUUUGAAGGAAAAAGAGGGUGUAAUCAUAUCUUGGGUAAGAUGUCUAUGGAUAAAUAUGUCUUAAGGAUGACUACCCGUAAUAGGCCUCAAUUUCACCAAAAGUGUACAUACAACUUGAUAAUGUAAGCUUUAGAAAUAUCAAACAAUAGAAAUAAGGUGCAUAUUGACAAGUUAUAUAGUGACAGAAGUUCUCAAAAUUUCCCUUUAGAUUACCUCCCCUGAUAAUUAUGGUUUUUCAUGAGUUAUCUCCCCUAAAAACUAGAAAAAAAUAAUUUUCUCCUUUUCCCUACGGGGAAUUUUAAAUUUCUUUUUGUUAUUUGUAUCAGAAUCAUAUAAUGCAACUUUCUACCGCAAAAUUUUCUCGAAACUCAAGUUCAAAUUCUCAUAAUCAAAGAAAUUAUAUAUUUCCCAUAGGCAUCAGUGUUAACUUCAAUACCGAUUAUCUCCCCCAAAAAUAAUAAAAUUUGAAACAUCUCUCGGUGAAACGUUUUUAAUUUUGAAUGUCUUUAAAGUGACAAAAUUUCUUUGAAAUAUUACCAUCCAGUUACAAGAUAUGAAAUAUGGCUAUUACACCAUGUUAUCCUUAAGGUAAAUGAUAAUUUUUGGCAGAAAAGUUGCUCCUUAACUGUAUGAUACCAUAAUUUUAGUUUAAGUUAUAUAGUUUCCUUCAUAUUACUGGUACUUAAAUUUUUGUUAUAUUCUGUUAUAUUACCAUGAAAUCACUUAAUUUUGUGAGUAUGAAAUUUAUAGGUUUUGAUAAAAAUAACUAUUUAAUGGGGUGAUGAAUUUGUGGAAAUUUUGAAACAUAUUAAAAUAAAUGGGAUUUUUCUUGGGUUUAAAUUUCAAGGAUUGAAACAACCAUAAAAUCCAUGAAAAAUAGUCCCCCUUGAAUAUUGAUGAUUUCACAGUUUUGUGUUAUUAAAAUUCUGCUAGAUUGUUUUCCUUUGUAAUUUAAUAGGAGUUCCUACACAUCUAUGUAUAUUUUCUCCAAGUUUAUAGUUCCUGUUCGUUUCAUCAUUUUUUAUAAACAUUGAGAGUGUUGAAAACACAUUUUGAUAGAUGUCAUAUUCCAGCAUACAUUUUGAUGUCUGGCAUUUGACAUAUUAUAGGUUGAUCUGUAGCAAAUGACAGGUGAGGGGCUUUUGGUAUAUUUUGGAAACCCAGAUUUGUUUAUAUCAAACAAGGCGGAAGGAAUAAACAGCUUCAUUCAUUUAAACACCUUCACAAAAUUUCAACAUUUUUUUCAAUAAUUCUAAGUUUUUUGUUUGGGAAAUGGUAUUUUUGAAACAUACCCAUUUUGAAAAUUUCUUUUUGUUAAGGUAUCCGACUACAACUGAAUGUUAAGUAUCUGACCACAACCAAAUGUCGGGUGUCUGACCACAACUGAAUGGUGGUUAUCUGACCACAACUGAGUGUUAGCAAUACUGGUUCAUACAGGCUCAAGAAUAUCAUAUUUCAUUACAGAAGGAAUGGAGGUCAAUCUUCAUUGAUACAUGAUCAUAUUUGGGAAAAUAAAAGCAUUAUAUUUGGAUUGAUUUGUAAUUGUUGCCAUGGUAACACACUUAAGGACCAGAUUUUGAAUAGUAUUCCUAUUUUGGCAGAAUGAUUCCUUUGUAAAAUUUUGCAGUAUCUUUUAUUUUUUUGUAUAAAAUUUACCAUAAAAUGUUGGUAUACUUGUGAGACAAGUGAUUAUCAUAGGCUGAAGGCCGUAAGAUUGGACCUUAGUUGGUAGUCCGUCCAGGGAUGUUUGAAUUUCUUAGUUAAAAACACAAGUGAGUUUGUAUACAGUUAGUUAAUUGAUGAAAGGUUUUUCAAUCAAUUACACAGAGGUGUUUAUUAAUCUGUAAAUUUUUGGGAUGUGAUAUAAGUCUAUUAGCAAGAUUUUUAUACAAGAAAGAUACUUUUGACAUUCGAUUAUUUUGGUAGCAUGUUUUUUCUUUUCUUUUUUAAGCAAGGGAAGCAAGUGGUCAUAGUAUUUAUUUGAUAAAACUUGAAAUGUAUAUAUCCUGCUUUUAAAGUACUGAUGGAAAUUAUAUGAGACACAUUUCCACGUUUUUUAUUUGAUCACUGUUCGGAACUUUUUUUAUCGAAGGGAUAUGUAUAUAUGUAUAUAUUGUAGUUUCUAUAAAAAGUGCAUGCUUAUAUAUUUGAUGUGAUUUUGAGAUUUUGCUUUGGUAUACUUUAUAGUGUUCUUUCCAAUUUUUAUUGUUUUUAUAUAAAUAUAGAAAAAAUGCUAGUCAUAAAAAAUAUAUUCCACUUUUGACCUUUACGCAUUACAUUUUGACAGGAGGUAUUUCACAUGUUUGACAGCUGAAAGAGUGUUGGGUUUUGGCAUUUUGUUUGUGUUGUGAAAGUUAACCAUUCUGUUUAUUAAUAAGUUUUUGUUUUUUUUUUGUUGAAAAUAACAGAUUCAUUAGUUUUAAGUUCUUAAUUUAAGAUCUCUUGUUGAAACAAUAGUUUGAACAUUCUUCCAUUUUAUGAAAAUUGGUGAAUGUUUUAGGGUCCUUCAUCAGUGAUGUGCAAUUAGGUUUCACAUUAUAUUUAUAUCUACAUGAGAAAAUAUGUAAUUAAUUUCAUCACACUUUAAAAACUUCUGUUGAAGAAAUUGAUUACAGCGAGGAGUGUUCUUUAGAAACCAGUACUAAAUAAUUUAGUAAAUUAUGUUAUUUUCCUUAAAGUUUCCUAUUUUUGAAGGAGUUAUUUUUAGUUGCAUGUGUAUAUAUUAUACAUGUAUAGUUCAUAAUGGUUGUAGUAUAUUAGUUUAUGUCUAUUUAAAUAUAUUUUAAUUUAUAUAUUUUUAUCUUUCCAUUAUUAUGUUCUUCCAUUGUAGAAAGAAAUUUGAAAUGUUUCCGAGCAAGGUUGCCAAAAUUUAACUCCAGUCUUUGAGAAAAUGAGAAAAGCAGCAGAUUUUCUUUGAAAUAAAUACAAUAAAGAAUUCAGGCUUCCAUUCCUAGAUUUUAUAAUCUAUAUAAUUGAAUCACAUACUAAAAGGUAAAUAGCCACACCUUGAUUAAUGACUUGAAAAUAUUUUGCUGAGUGAAUUCUUGAAUAUUUUGCAAGAAUUUGAUUAAAUUUGAUGACUUGAAAAUAUUUCGCGGAAUGCGACUUUGUUAAGAUGUUUAACAGAACUCACCAGUUAAGAGAAUAAAUUAUAUAGAUAAAGUUUGGCAUUAAAACAUCAAAGAUAUAUUGACAGAAAACUUUUAAUAGGCCAAAUAAACUGUGUUAACAGAAGACUUCCGCUGUUCUCUAAAUGCUUGAGACUGGAGUUCUGAUGUAUGUAAUACAUUUAUGUGUAAGAUAAUAACGAGUGAUGUACUUCGGCUGUAUAUGUAGCGAUGUAUGUACAUGUGUAUCAUAGUGUUUUCAGUAUUCGCUAUUUUGUGAUGAUUGCUUGUCUAUGCCAGUGUCAUUGUGAUUAUUUGCAUUUAUUUUUUUUUUUCCUUUCAAUAUAUAAAAUGUACAUUUUAUAAGCAUAUAUACAGUUAACUUGAAUAUUUACAGUGCUAUUGAGUAUUGAAUUUGUAUUAACAAAAUAGAAACUUGACUUUUGGCCAUUUAUUUAUAAUAUUUGAAAUGGUAUGAAUUAGGUUUGACAGUUCUAGUAGGGCUUAACAUUGAAACAUAAAAUGUGAAUGUAACUAAUAUUGUACUAUGUUAGCCCAUGAUCUAGAUUUAAAUAAAUUGUAUUAUUGUUUUUAUAAAAUGUAUCUUGAUAUAUUACAAAUAAAUUAUUCAAAAUUCUGAAAAAAGAAA